AUGUCUGAAGAGCUUGGGGACAUGGAGCCUGUCUACCCGAAUGUUGAAGGGGAAGAGUUGAUACUUACCUCUCAUAGUGAUGCGAAUGACAGGCAACUCCAGGCGGCUGAGUUGAUGGUGAGCUUGUCUUCAAGCCUUCCCAUUGGGGGACAAUGCGUUACCAUGAAAACACAGCCCGUUGCCAUGGAAUCCCAGUCCACCUCAUCGAUUGCCUCACACCCAUGCACAGCAUAUAACUAUCCAGUCAUUGUUUCCUCGUACGGUGUGGGACCUGCUGGAGCAUUGGAAACGACAGUUGCUAAGGAAACAAUUUCCAAUUGCAGUACUAAUGAAAGAGGGGAUCACAUGGUUGGCUACAGCAUUGCAGAUAAUUGCACCCAGCACUUCGAAGAAUACGUCGAAGGAAAUGAUAUUCACAAUAGCCAUUCAAUUGUCAUUGAACAGGCUGACAGAGGAAAGUUUACUGAAAAUCAUGAGGACCAUUUGUCACAUAAUUCUGUCAUUGUGAUGUCAUCAGGAGUGGGUGGGGAAAGUUUCAUGGUGGAGAACACGGAAGAUGACGUAGAGCUCGGGGAGAUUGAGUACAUUCAGGACGGGGACAUUAUCACCAUAUUAGAGGGUAACACCAGCUCUUCCUUCACUGACAUUGUAUCAAAAUCACAAUAUGAAAACAUCUGCAACCCUACAACCACGCAUGGUUACCAAAUGACCAGUGAUGGUAAACAUGGUAACUACAUCACAUCUGAAGUUAACCAAAUAAUUAUUGAUUGUAACCAAGCAACAACUGAGAGUAACCAUGCAACAUAUGCUGGUUACCAAAUUACCUCAGAUGGUCACCAGGCAACAGCUGAGAGUAACCAUGCAACCAAUGUUGGUUACCAAGUAACCAUUGAUGGUAACCAAGCAACAAGUGAUUGUAACCAAGCAAACACGAACAGUAACUUGGCAGCCCUUAAAACUAGCAUGGUUACCACUACUUGGACACAUGGUGUGAUCAUUGACAAUGCUGCUCCAGACAAUAAUGCGUGUGAUGAAGGCAGUGGAUAUCUCGAUGGUGAAACCCUGCAUGUGAGUCUGAAAGGUGGUACUGGUCAGUCACUGACCCUGAUUAACAAGCGCAGGCUGGAGCAGAUGACCCAGGGAUCUGAAGUCUUGGUUGUGGAACCCAAGAAGUACGAUCCUGGCCGACUUUGAUGUUGUAUGAUAACAUGCAUUGCUCAUGUGAUUUGAUAAUGUGUUUAUACUGUUACUGUCACGUGAGGUCAAGUACUGAUAGCUCAAAUGUUUAUCUGUUAACGGUACAGACCAAAGUAUUAUAUUAGUUGAUUUAAGCCACCAGCGGGAGAGGUGUACU